GAGUGACAUGCAGCAAAGGGCCACAGGCUGGAGUCGAACCUGGGCUGCUGUGGCAACAGCCUUGUAUGUGGGGCGCCUGCUCUACCACUAAGCCACUAACACCCCAUAACAAUGCACUUUUGAUGAGAAGCAGUAGCUUUGGUGAUAUACUUUUAAUAACACUGUUAUAUUCUUUCUGAGAAAUAUUCAUACCCUUAUUCCACACAAAGUCCUCAUAUCAGUAAGUAUAUCUAAGACAAAGAUUACAGUCGCUGGAGUGUUUUUUGGAGUAUUCCGCAACUUGUGAAAUACAGCUGUGCUAACUAAUUCAGACACCCAGGAGGCGUGCAAGGCUUUAAGCCAGUUUUUGCAUAGAUGUGUAAUAAUACCUAAACACUGGAUACCUAGAUGGCACCUACACAUUACAAUGGAGUUGGCACAUACGCCAAAACAGCUUCUAGAGUCCAGGUUCACUCAAAAGAAAAAUAUUGUAAUAUUAUUAUACAUUUUCCACGAUUUACUUACGCAGUAACGUCUCUCCCUGUCCCGACUCAUGGACUUCACACUGUGAUGACAACAAAGAUGUUUUAAUUGCUUUUCUCAGUUUAAGGAAAGUUUUACAAAUAGAAAACCAUGGUUAAAAAAAUCAGAAAACAAAGUCAUAAUUGACCUUGUUUGCAGUUCGAGGUGUCCUGUCAACACUUUCACAGAUGUGUCUUUUACAGUGGUAUUCAUUGGAGAAAAUGCUUUUUUCGGGCUGCAUGGUAUGGUAUUUUUUUCUCUUCAAUAUCCUGAGUGGUCUCUGGGGAAAUUGGAAGCAAGGCUCAGCAGGCUCCUGGAGGCUUGAAUUUUCAUAGUGGCCAAACAGUGGAACUACAUUCAUCAUGAUGCCAUGUUGCCCAGCAAGACUUGUCACACAGACUGGACACUUUAUCAUGCUCCACCCACCAAAGUUCACUCACUUGCUCUAUGUUAGGAAAAGGUGUAAGGAGACAGAUAUUAUCACAGCCAGCAGGUGCUUAGCUUAGCUUCGCAUAGACUGGUCACAGAGGGAAACAGCUAAGCUGGCUUUUUUUUUUGUUUGUUUGUUUGUUUUUUAACAUUUCUGUUGAGUUUGGAUAGAGGAAUGAGAUAGAACCUGUUUUGAAGUGUUGGUAGAUGUAUUUUAUAACUUUGGGUUUCGGUGAUCCAAACACAAGUGGAAAGCCAAGACACAUUGCUGUUCACACCUGUGUCUAUCAUCUCCAGCUGACCGCUUGUGUUGAGAUUUCAUUACGGCCCUGCGCACAGUUAUUACAUCCACACUUUUGCUAGCUGCUCUGUAGCAUGCUUGCUUGUCACAGCAGCAGUUGUGUCAGUGCAGUCUGAGAUAGAUGUCAGCAGAAUUCAACAUCUCCUUUUAUGGGGCAAAAUGAUGGACGGCCACACAAAACUUCGCCCAACUCACAUAAAAUGGGUAAGUUAUAGAACGUUAGCACGCUGUCACCAAAACAACCACUCCAUCCUGCAGCAAUGAUGUAGUCCUUGUUGGGGACGUAUCAGGACGUAUUAGUGUUUACACAACAAAAGAUUUGUGGUCAGAUGUGUCAUGGACCAUCUCGGCAAGUGGUUUGAGUGAAGAGAUCACAAUGCGUCUUGGUGGUUGUUAACACUUGUAUUAAGUGCUGCUCACUUGUGAUCAGAUCACCCAAGACGCAUGUUAAUACCAUGUCUGAACAGGGUCAAUGUGUUCUUGUCAGAUAUUAUUUUAAACCUGUUACCAUAAAAGUUGAGAAAGAAUUGGAAUUGAAAGAUUUCUGACUAGUUUUAUCUGGAGGACUACGUGCUGUAGGUUUCAUAGCUCUACUGUACAUGAGCACUUUGUUAAAUGGCAUGUCUCCUGGUUGACAACAGGCCAAUGCAGACAUCAUCCCUACAGGGAGCAAAGACUUUUCAAUAUUUGAUCCUUCCGUUAUUCCUUUUUGCAGUGUUCAUGUAUGUGAAGGUCUGUCCUACUGUAUUAUUUAUAGGAACACAUUCAGUGCAUAUGGGACUGAAUGUGAAGCCAUGCAUCCCUGCACCACUGCAACAUUUCAUAAAGGGAAUAAUGCGAAGGAACCACGUUGAUAAGUGAGCCUUGGAGGUGCUAGUAGUCAGAUUUUGUUACUUUUGGACGGAGCCAGGCUUGAUGUUCCCCUUUGAUUCCAGCAUCUAUGCUAAGCUAAGCUAACUUCCUGCUGGUGUUCCCUCUUGUUUAACAGAAAAUGUGCCCCAAAAGUGAAUAUUUAUUUUAUGUUCUGAUUGUUUCCAGGUGAAAUGUGUGUAGCUGUGAAUAUGAAGAUCAUUAAAAAAACACAGGUUAAGCAGAAGCUUAAAUGAAGGGGAAAAAAAUAGCAGUGGUGAUGGUGUGAUUGCAAUCAGUGGAGCAUCCCGUGACUGCCUCCCUGCACACACUGGGAGCAGUUGUAGUUUAUAAGAUGAGGGGAGGGCGUGUGUGAAGAGUCUAUGUUUAUAGACUUCCAGCAGCGGAGAAAUCAGUUUCAGCAGCUGUACCACAGAUCAGAGGGACACAUGCUGGGUCAUCCUACCUCUGCCAUGUGAUUUUCAUUACUGCAACUCGGGGAAGAGUUCAACUGUGGAAGUGCAGUAAAAGCAAUACAUGAAGAAGCAAGGAAAAGGCAACACUGCUGCCAGUGUCCCCCUCUCUUCCCCACCAGGGAGCAGCAGUGUGCAGGUCUGCCAUGACUACCAGAGUGUGGCUUAUAAGAUGUAUCCUGGGAAUGGUCAUGCUAUAGAAAAUGGAUCUCACACCAAGAGAGACCAGGUCACCAGCCGAGAUGGUACAGGCAAGAUGUCCUCUGUUCCAGACAUCAUCUCUAACAGCCAGGAGCAGAGGUGCAGCAUGAAAGAUGAGGGUGCCCAAAGGAACACCAUGUGGAUGACAGAUUCAAGCAGCCAGGCCUAUUCAGGGCCAGAGGACAAUUCCACAGACCCACAUGAGACCCUGACAGAGACUUCAACUCUGACCUUUGUGGACGUUCACACCAUGGAGGACUCAGCAGAGAACCAUAGCCUUCAUGGGGUGGGGAUGGUGUACCUCAAGGAGUUUGUGCUGAUAGAUGAUGAUGAUGAUGGAGACAUGUCUCUAAGAGAAAAAACAGUGACAGACAUGUCCGUCAUGGAUGGAAAAGCUGCUGAACUGGUGUGUGGGAGGCUGUUGUCCACUUCCAGUGGAUCAUUGUCAGAGUGUAAGGAGGAAUCUCCAGCUCCUGAAGCACCUCCACCUGAGGCAGUUGAGACUGCACAUGAAAAGAAACGCUGCUGUUUCUGCACUGUUUUAUGACCAAGCAGGAGCCUGCAGCAGUUUGUCUCCAAGAUCAGGACUGUCAAACUGUCCGAGACAACUGAUAUGAUGAGUCUGGGAGGACAUUUCUACAUACUGGGUUUAUAUAUGUGUUGCUGUUGAUGUGCAGCAGAGCACAUUUAUAAGUAUGGUGACAAACUGGGGUGUGAGUUCGUUAAUGACUUCUUCUUUUACUCAAAUUUUACAGAGCCCUUAUUGGACAUUAAAAAUAAUCAAUCAAUAAACAGAUUUUUGUUUGUCUCAAAUGUCAGCCACUAAUUUCCUUUUGUAACACAAUUAUGGCAAUUAUGAAAUGUAUGUAUGCUGAGAGACGUAAUGCUUUAAGUUUUACAUAAAAGUUUUUGAUCAUGUGGGUUAAGAUAAUCAUUUUCAAGUAACAAACAUAUCUCUUGAGUCUAAUAUACAAUUGUGAUACUAAAAAAUGCAUGUUCCUGUAAUAUUUGAUCUGAAUGACAGACUUUGUGAUAACUAAACAGGUCUACAAAGACCAGGUGCUAACAACAAAUAAAGAUAACUCCAAUG